CUCAACUUUCAAUCUUCAAUUCAAUAUGUCCGAACAUGUUAGCCAGAUCACUGACAUUGAUACAAACAUCCUCAGCGAAUCUUAGAAAACCAAAGACUACAGCGAAUACAGCUGGAGCACCACAUCCGAAGUCACAGCACGAUUACAAGAAACACCCUUACGCCGACCCAUGACGAACCAUUAUGGAGAAAUUCGCCGUCACUCGAUCGAUCUCCGAUACACAAAGAGAACUUAAAGAAUUGGUUUCCAACGCACCACUUCCGGCCGAAUUGCUCAAAUCAAGAUUGAAUCUUUCCUGGUCAUGCCUACGAGCACGCAAGAUGAAUGCCAUGCUGCGAGACUGAGACUUUAUGAAAUUCUUGAUAUGCCUUGUUAUGAGUUUCCGACUGGGUACACGACGAUGUGUGAGAUGGAGGGGUUUAGAAGGGAUUUGAAGAAAGAGGGGUUUAAUUCCGGAAACUCUAUAAUGGAUUUCUGGGGAAUAAAGGGGCGAAUACGAAGGGGAGUGAUGCAGCGAGAUACGAAUUACUAG